AUGAAAAAGAUUUCGAGUGAAACUCACCAGCAGAUUGGCGGAUUUGGCAGACCGAAUGAAGAAGUCACAAAUGAAGAUCGCCUUGCAAUUAUUACUUGGAAAGUUCCAGACGAAGUUAUCCAGUACAUUUACGUGAAAGAAGAAAGAAAAGCCAAUCAGUGCACUCUUGGUGUACGACUUUGGAUCGAUUUGGAAUGUCUCGACGACCUUCGCCAGACACGUGACACCAAUGCCAGGCUUCGUACGAGAAAAGAAUCCAGUGAAGGCUGCACAUCAUUAGUUUGUUGGAAUAUAUUUUGGCUUGUCGCCCAGAAUUUAUGCUUCAGUUGCAGCAACAACAACAGCAUCAACAACAACAACAACAGCAAUAAUAACCUGUUGGCUCCGACGAGAACCAGUGCCCAGACGGUGAGAAGUUGGGUGAGGUGGUUUAGUGGCCAGAAGAUUCGCUGCAGGAGUUCAAAGGUCGUUGUAGUUACGGCCACUACCGCCGACGUGCAUCACGGCAAAGGAGAGGGUGUUACCCAGGAUGCCGAUGCCACAGACGACGGCAUAGAGUGGCCCGUAGACGAUGAAGAAGAACAGAGUGGUGGAGCAUGGCUCGGUGUGUGUCUGGAUUUGUGGUGGUGCGCCUGUAGUGGUGGUAGUGGCGGCGGUGGCCAUUGUGGCAAGUGUGGUAGUUGUAGUCAUUGUAGAGGGUGUAGCGAGUGUGGCUGUGGUUGUUGUGGUCAUUGUAGAGGACAUCUUACUCCUUACUCCGAUGGUGUAAAGGCUAAGGGGCCUGGCAUUGUUGUGCAGUGUCCGGGUUCGAAUGCCAAAAGAACCCCGCCUAUCACGUGCAAAACUGCGUGA